AUGGAGACCAAGGUGCCACGGAUACAUGCAGAACGGAUCCGUGUUACGUUUGGGUAUGAGGGUUUGUUUUAUGUUGAUAAUGAUGGGUUGAGUGGUGGAAUGGCGCUUUUGUGGAAAAAGAAUAAUACGGUCAGUCUAUUAAGCUACUCGCAGAGUCAUAUAGAUGUGGAAGUUAGUUUGUUUAAUAAGUUAUGGCGCAUGACAUGUUUAUAUGGUAUCCCGGAGCAAAAUAGGCGGGAGGAGACUUGGGAUUUGCUUGGCACUUUGAAGAAUAGAUCCUUGUUACCCUGGGUGGUGAUAGGGGACUUUAAUAAUCUCCUAUAUCAGCAUGAGAAGAAAGGGGGAAAUCCGUACCCUAAUAGCCUGUUACGGGGUUUUGGAGAUGCUGUGGAUGGCUGUGGUUUGUUGCAAAUGCCGAUGAGAGGCCACCAGUUUACAUGGGAGAAAGGAAAGGGGACACCGAAUUGGAUAGAGGAAAGGUUGGACAAGGCCCUAAUAACUAAUGAUUGGGGUGUAAUGAAUGAGAACGCAUGGUUGGAGAACAUACGGACCCGGGCCUCGGAUCACUCGAUUCUUUUCCUCAGUAUUAAUGCAAUGUGCAUGCCAAGGGGAAGGGGGCCGCGGAGGUUUAGGUUUGAGAUGGUUUGGUUAUUGGAUGAAGGGUGUAAAGAAGUGGUAGAAACGGCCUGGCAGGAGGGGAGAACGGAGGGAUUGCUGUAUUGUCAGCAGUUGUGUGAAGAGAAGUUAAUGCGGUGGGGGGGGGGGGGAGAUCAGUUCCAUAAAUUCGGUAAACGAAUUAAGCAGCUACAACAGAGGCAGGAUACCAUUCGGAAUAGGCAAGAUUUGGUGGCCCUAGCUGAGUACCAACAAAUUGAGAAUUCCCUGAAACAGAUUGAGACCCAGGAGGAUGUGUUCUGGAGACAGCGAGCCAAGCAGCACUGGCUUCGCGGAGCGGACGCAAACACAAAAUUCUACCACAGGUAUGCCUCUGCUCAUAAGGCACCGGGCCCGGAUGGGUUAAACUCGGGUUUCUACCAGCAGUUUUGGGAGGUAGUGGGAGGGGAUGUAUCUGAUUUUAUAACGAAUGCCUUGAAUUCUUGUGUAUUCCCCGAGGGUUUGAAUGAUACUAACAUUGUUUUGAUCCCUAAGAAAGAGGUGCCUGAGACGGUUGCAGAUUUAAAGCCGAUUGCUUUGAGUAAUGUCAUUUAUAGAGUUAUGGCCAAGAUGAUAGCAAAUACGAUGAAAACGCUCAUGGGAGGACUGAUCUCAGAAUCCCAGAGUGCAUUUAUUCCGGGAAGGCUUAUCACUGAUAACAUCUUGGUGGCGGAUGAGGUGGGGCAUUAUCUAAAUAGAAAACAAUGUGGUGUAGUGGGUUGGAGUGCAUUGAAAUUGGAUAUGUUAAAGGCCUAUGACAGAAUGGAGUGGACUUUUCUGGAAAGGAUGCUGACCGUUAUGGGAUUUAGUGAGAAGUGGAUAAAACUUAUUAUGCUGUGUGUAACGACUGUUAAUUAUACUAUAAUGGUCAAUGAUAUGGCAGGAGGAGUAGCUAGGAGGGCACCGCCUGUAUCACAUCUAUUUUUUGCGGAUGAUAGUCUCCUAUUUUUUAAAGCGAAUAUCCAGGAGGCUGGAGUUAUAAGGCAAUGCCUAGCAAGGAAUACCCAGGAGGGUGACAGGGCGCAGGUAGCGGAUUAUCUUGGGGUGGUGCAAGCACCCAAUUUUGGAAAAUAUUUGGGCCUACCUUCCUUUGUGGGAAGGAAUAAGAGAGCUGUAUCCUCUUAUGUGGAGGAGAAGAUCAGACAGCGGAUUGGUUCAUGGAGUAAAAAGUUGCUUUCUCAGGCUGACUCUUUUACAUCAUGGCUAAAAGGGGCUUUGGCGGUCUUGACGGAGGAGCAAACCCGAUUGAUGGUAGCGGUGUUAUACUAUAUUUGGAGAACCCGAAACUCAGCUGUUUGGAAGGGAUCUAUGACGCGGCCUACCCAAGUUGGCAGAGCAGCAGCCGCAGCAGUUCAGGCAUACGGUGCUGCCCAGGAUUACCGCACCCAGCCGGAUGCGCCGUCGGCACCAUCAACCGAACCGGGAGGUGGCGGUCUGCGAUGUUACGUGGAUGCGGGCUUCCGUCACGGCACGGGCGAGGCUACGUAUGGCAUAUUACUAGUAGCGCCAGAUGGCUCUUUUGUGGCAGCAAAAAAUGGCAAGUUGCCGGUUUGUUUCUCACCACUUAUGGCGGAGGCGCAGGCAUACAAGGAAGCACUGACUUGGCUAUUUGAACGGAAAAACACAUCAGUAAGUUUACUCAAGGAUUGCAUGGAGUUGACUACAAUCAUCCGGCAACAGGAAGUCCAAGCGUCUGUGACCGAGGUCUUCGAGGGCGAUGACAUGCAGCUCAUACUGGAGAACUUGCCGGGAGAGGUCGCGGACCCCGGGCCCAAUCCCUUUACCGAACCCUCAGGUGCCGCUUCCGACCCGAUCCAGACGACGAAGGAUGUUCAGCCCUCCGAUCUUUAG